AUAUUUAAUAGUCAAGAAGCAUUGCUUAAUUGGAGUCAUGUGCAAGGACGAAAGUGUGGCAUAGUAGUUGUCAUUAAAAGGUCUGAUGGAGUUGGAAAAAUUAUAACGAGGAGGGCUAGAGUUACUUUAGGUUGUGAGAGAGGUGGGCAUUAUAUUAAGAAGCCUAAUGUAGAUUUAGAUGAUGAACAACCAAUGAAUUCUGAAGUAGAUGUAAGUAUUGAUCAUCGGAAAAAAAAAAAAAAGCGCUCUAAAAGCACUGGUACAAAGAAGUGUGGUUACCCAUUUCAGUUGAAGGGAUUAAAUAUUGGUCCUGGAGAUGAAUGGAAAGUUGGGGUUGUAUGUGGAGUUCAUAACCAUCAUUCUGCUGAGUAUCUUGAAGGACAUUCAUAUGCAGGACGGUUAAGCAAGGAAGAAAACAACUUGCUGAUGGAUAUGUCUAAAAGCUUGGUGAGGCCAAAAGAUAUAUUAUACACCAUUAAACGACGAGAUGGCAAAAAUGUAACAACAAUGAAGACAAUCUACAAUGCUAGACACAAAAGCAGAGUGGUUGAGAAAGCUAGUAGAUCUGAGAUGCAACUAUUGCUAUGUAGACUAUCUGAUCACAAAUAUAUUAAUUGGCAUAGGACUGAUGACACCAAUUGUGUGAGCGAUCUUUUUUGGGCUCACCCUGAUAGUGUAAACUUAUUGCACGCAUUUCCUCAUGUACUAGUAAUGGAUUGCACAUAUAAGACAAAUAGGUUUCGAUACCCAUUACUACAAAUUGUGGGGGUAACAUCGACGAAACUAACAUUCUCAGCUGCAUUUGCUUAUAUUUCUUCUGAAAAGGAAGACAACUAUAUGUGGGCUUUGAAUAGAUUGAAAAGCAUCAUGAAUACAAAUUGUCUUCCAAGUGUGAUUGUCACUGAUAGGGAAAUGGCACUUAUGAAUGCCAUUCGCAAUAUGUUCCCUAGUGUCCGACAUUUAUUAUGUAGAUGGCAUAUCAACAGGUGUGUGAUGAAGGCUUGCAAGGGCAUACUUAAGAAAGGUGAAAAAUGGGAACAAUUUAUAGUGUUAUGGAAUAUGUUGGUCUUAGCAAAGACUGAGGUUGAUUAUGAAAGAAAUCUACUUGAGAUGGAUAGGAUAUUUGAAGGAAAGUAUAGUAAGGCGCUUGAUUAUGUGAAGGUCAAUUGGUUGAAAGAGUAUAAGGAUAGGUUUGUGGCUGUAUGGACAGACACUUGCAUGCAUUUUGGCAACACCACAUCGAAUAGGGCAGAAAGUGCACAUUCACAACUAAAGCGACAACUUGGCACAAGCCAAUGCAACUUCGAAACAUCGUGGGCCAAGAUUCAUGCCAUGUUAGUAUUGCAACACACUGAGAUAAAGGCUUCAUUUGAGAAGAGUCAAUCAUUUGUCCAGCAUGAAUUCAAUAAGGUGAGCCUACUUAAAGACUUGAUAGGGUAUGUGUCUAUUGUUGCCUUAGAGGAAAUUUUGUGUGAGUCAAAGAGAAUACAAUAUGUCGGGGCUGAUCCCAUUGCAUGCGGCUGCGUUAUUAGACGUAGCCACGGGUUACCAUGUGCUCAUGAGAUGGCUGAGCUAAGUCGAGUAUUCCGACCCAUUCCUCUUCAUUGUGUUCAUCCUCACUGGAGGAAAUUAGAUAUGUUUCCUACCGCACAAAUUAAUGAUAACUUAGAUUCUCCUGAAGAUGCAAAGAUUGAUGUAUUUGUCAACUGGUUUAAAAGUAAUGAUUCUGACACUAAGAGACAUAUUGGUAUGAAAUUACAAGAGAUUAUGGAUCCAAAAUCUUCAACACUUAGAGAAUUCUUGGCGUAA